AUGAUCCCAUGGUCUGUCACAAUGAGGCCGACGCUUACGCUGAAUUGUGUCCUAGCGAUGGGGCUUUUCACCUGCAUCGGCGCGAUCACCGUAUCGAUUGACCGUUCUGAUAAUAAACCCCCACCGACGCGAUCGUCGAUGAUCGCAAACGGAUGGAGGCCCCUGACGAAUGGCUACGAGGAAACGAUCGGCACAAAUGUCUCGCCGUCGAGCAAUCUCGAACGGAACAACGGUCCUGUCCACCCUGUGUUAGGCAAGCUACAGGAGCACAUGGCCGCCUCGGAGAAGCUGAAACCGCAACGUAAAGGCAAACCAUCCUCGUCGUCGUCAUCCGUCGUCGUCCACCACGAUUACAAUCCGCCGAGUAUACUCGGCAGUUUCACGGUGUUCGGUCACGCGGCCGCAAAAGCGCGUGGCGAAGCGCAUAAUACCCACAAUCACCUGAACAAACACGUGCCCUCCGAGACGCGGGAGUACACGUUCCUUAUCCCACCCCCGAAAGACGCGUACAGGUUCGAGCUGGACGCCCACAGGAAGCCAAUUCUACGGGAUAACGCGGCGUACCUCAGGCAGCCGCCACAAUUCAUCCCGCAAACCGCGCAUCAGCAGCCCGAUCCGAUAAAAGCUGCCACGUAUUUCAUCAAAGGUUACACCUCCACCACGAACACACCCUCAUCGACACCGAACAAGAAUAGACACUUCGGGGAUACGUAUAUCCCACAUCUCCUGCAACCGCCUAGAUAUCAGCAAUCGAAGCCGUUCGAGUCGCUAAAAGUGAGCAACGCGAAGCCAUACUUCCAACCCCCAGGCGCGUCCCCAGCGAACGAUUUCGGCAAGGACAAACGUCUAAGCGAGCACGAUCAUCGACUGAAUUACGACAAGUACCCUGGACAGGUCCACAACGAGCAGAUCAUCAGCCCAGCGAGCACAGGGAACUUCUUCAGCCAGGUGAACCAUCCGUAUAAAACGUCCUACGAGAGGGAUCCUGCGUUCCUGGUGCACGAAAGUCACGAGAUAAGCUACAUCACUCCACCAACAGUCUAUAAUAAUUACAACUUCAGACCAUCUCUGCCGUAUGAGACACUUCUGCCGCCGGAUGUCUACAGCUCGUCCACCCCGCCACCUACCACGCCUCGUGUGCAAGAGUCUAACAAGUAUCAACAGAAUGUUGAUCUUCAGGCCCAGGAUUACAAACAGCCGAAUCAAGGCACGACGUCGAAGCAAGUAGACAAUGGACCGCAAGAUGUUCACCCAACUGCUGGGAUAGCUAACACGUAUUAUGUCUCUGAGCAUCAGGAUCUAACCCCACCGCCAUCCUCCUGGCCCCUGCCCAAAAACAAGUACACGUCGGAUAUUAACGAGGUUCUACCACGUGUCAAUCCUCCGUCAAAGUUCAACCAGGAGGUGGUCGGCUCGGACCAGAUACAAACGGUCCCGAAAGUUGUCUAUGUGGGCCCACAAGCAGCUGCGCCCCAGUUCCAGAGCUCUGUGUUGCCGAUCGACGUACGGCCAGACACCGCUCGGCCAGAGUACGAGACGCCGGAGAGUAUAUCGCUGAAGCAUUUCAACGAGCAACAGUAUCUGAUCCAGCAACAAUUGCUGCAGAGGGACAGACAGAGGCUGGCGGAACAGGAGAGGCAACAACAACUGGAGAUCGAGAAGCAUCAGCAGGAAGAGCUGAGAAAGAGGCAAGAGGAGCUCAGGCAAUUGCUGCAACAGCAGAAGGAGGAGGAGGAGGAGGACGAGACCAGGCUGGCCGUUGAGUCCGCGAAGAAUCAGUCUGGCCAACUUGAGAAAGUCACUCAGGGACAAUCGCCUUACACGGUCCAAUUGGCGGAAUACGAGAUCCCGAAGGUUACGACCGACGCGGCUGCCGUGAUCACCGAAUACGGAGAUGUCGGGGGGUUGCAGAAGGUUCAACAGUCUCAGGUAACACAACCCGACUACGUAAUCUCGGAGAGUCCGAUCAGCCCGAGCCAGCAGUACCAGGAGCAAUUAAAAAGUCAACCGGAACAAACGAAUUACCGUGAGCAACCGCAAACCGAGCCGCGGCCACAGCGACCGUACAAGUUAUCGCGCGAUCAAUAUAGACGAAGAAAGCCAACAACCGCGUCGUACGAGCCCGCGCCAACGGAGGCGCCCGUUCAACUCCCAGAGACCGCGGUGCCGGUGACGUUGCACAUCGAGGAAGUCCAAACCACGUUGCCGCCGGAAGUAGCGAGCGUGCCAACGGUGACCACUCAAAAGCCCCGAACUCGACGACCUGGCACCCCACUGCGUCGAAGACGUCCAACGACCACAACUCCAGAACCAAUUACAGUGGUCGGUGACGAUUUCCUAAAGUACGACAGGCCCGAAGAUGUACAGCAACAGCUGGACCCAUCUCGACGAAGACGUAUCAAGCCGACCCAAACCACUCACGAGGAAACCGUCACCGAGAAGAAAGCUAACAUCAGGAAACGACCUGGUCACAGAAACCGUGUCAACCCAGGCGAGCCAUUCGAGGCAGAAAUCGUCACAGAGAUCGUCCACACAUCGGUGAACACAUACAAAACCCCAACCGAGACGAUUCCAGGGUACAACAACGAGUACAACCAGUUCGUGACGAAUCAACCAACGAAUCAUCAGCAGUUCGAUUACCCGUCUCAGCAGUACGGGUCGGUCGACGAGCAACGGGAAUACGCGACGGAAGUGCCGUCGGAGUAUCUGACCGAAGUGACGAGGACGAAGAUCGAAGAGGUGCCCAACAACGAGAGUUACAACACCCAGGGAGGAACCGUGGUCAGCAAUAUCCCCCUGGAGGAUCUGUUCGUCAAGACCGAAGGCAAUUACUUUGAUAAAUCGACAGCAGUGUCCAGUAUCAGCCUGGGUAGCAAUUCCGGUGGUAAUACCGCGACGACAGUUUCGACAACCACGUCCACCGUUCAGUCGACCGCUCAACCACCAAGUUCCUCCACGAUCAGAUCGCACAAGGUACGACCGAUGAGGUACGGAAACACCACCAGGCCACGGUUCAGCGUCAAGGACUACAAGAGUCGUUUGGACUACAAGAGCAGGCUGGCUACCAUCUCCACCACCGAGGCUACGCCAACUCCAGCACCCAGUCAUAAGCAAAGAGGUUCGAACUAUAAGAGCCAGAAUCAGCAACAGCAAUCUGGAGACACCACCAGGGAAUCUAAUGGAAGAUACAAGUACGUUUCCAGAGUAAACUAUAGGACAUCAUCCCCUAAUCCCGUAAAACAUCAGGAACAAGAGUAUCCAGGCGAGGACACCGCAUCGUCAACAACAGAAAGGACCAGAUUCGUUCCAAAAAGGCGACCAGUCAACGGGAACGUCUACAGAAGCAGAAUAUCCGGGACAACAAGCAGCCCCAAUAGGUAUGACAGUGAUGCCCAAUCGAAACCCAGCACGGCUAGACCAGAGAACGUGUUCUCCUCGUCGGUUCGACGACGGCCAGUGAUGAAAAGCAGGCUACCAGCGCAAAAGGAGACCUCGACAGCCGCGUACGCCGAGAGAAAGGAGACGGAGGGCACGGAAAUGGCCGCCGAGGAGACCAGUUUCUACUCGGCUAUCACUACAAUGGGGACCACCCGAGUGGUAGCCAACGAGAUCCCGGUUGAGAAAGAGCCAGCCGGUUCCGUGAACGAUCCAGCACGGCUGACGAUCGAUGGGGAGGUGGAGAAGAACGCGGAUGAAAGCGAAAACGGACCAGGUUUCCAGGUGGAACGUGAAAAUCCGCCCGUUGAACCGGUUCCUAGCAGCACCGCCAAAAACGUGGAGAGCCAACUAAGGGAAACCGAUGUUGUCACAGAACGGGUCGUUGAGAAGAAGACAGAAGCCUCGACUGAACCCAGUGAACGUAAAUCUGAGGAGACCAAGUCCACGACAUCGUUCGACGUCAAGGCUGACGAGGAGGAACUGUUCGCCAAGGCGUCACAGAGCGUCGCUGAUCUAACCAGUUCCGCUUCCGCUCUGUAUGACAAGCCGGGGAUGUUCAAGGCUGUCUCCCCCGAGAGCAGAGUCAUUGUUUCGCAUUUCAAGAUACCCACGGAUGAACCCACUCUGCCGAUCGAGGCGUUCUUCCAGGAAUUGUCGAAGAAAAGUUAA